CGAAAUUUAAGUUAUUUCACGUAACUUUGUUUACGGUAUUUCAAUUAAAAGAAGCGGAGUAUUAUUCCGCUAUUCGGUCCAAAUUGAUCUAAUUUAACACCUUUUGGUGUUAUUUGAAAAAUGUAUUUGUCGUCGAUCAGCUCCCGUUUGCUUCUAUACGACACCAACAGUUGGGAUUUGAAAAAAUCUUACGACUGUUACGAAGGUAUGUUGCGGGAUGUAUCGUGGAGCGACGACAGCAAAUACAUUUUACAGGUUAACUCCAAAGGUCUAAUUGAUAUUUUGAGCCCUGCAGAUCAUGACAUUCGUAGCUUACAACAUGUACCAUUGAAAGACACUUGGUCAGCUAGUUUCCAUCGCGAUGGUCACCGUAAUGUUGCAAUAGGCACAAAAAAUGGUAGCGUUUUGAUAUGGGACACAAAGAAUAAAAGUGUUACUAAGAAUUUUUCAGCACCUUCACAAGCAUCGUGUGUCAAUUUCAUUAGUUAUAAUGUGAAGAAUACAAGUUUAGCCGCAGCAAUGGGUAAUGGUGACACUGUUAUUUACAGUCUUACAUCUAAUAUUCCACUCAUGACUGUAAAAUUGUCAUGUUCUAAAAGUAUCUCAGCAAUGAAAUUCCACAAUGAAUCAAGAUUUCUACUAGGACUUGCCACAGAGGAAGGUCAUGUUGUAGUUAAAGAUGUUACUUGCAACAAGGAUAGAAACUACUUUGAAAACAUUCAUGCAUCCCCAGUUAGUGAUAUUGCCUACUCCCUUAUCAAUAGAGAUGUGUUGCUGUCUUGUGGUUAUGAUAAAAUUAUGCAUGUUUACGACAUUCGUAUGCAAAAUGUAGUUUCAACAAUAACAACUUUAUAUCCUCUCAAAUCUCUUGCCAUUAAUCUUGAAAAUCAAGUUGCUCUUGGUACGAAAAAUGGCUAUGUCCUUAUUUAUGACUUGCGUGAUUUAAAUGCACCAUUUAAAGUUUUGAGAGGUCAUAAUGCAGAAGUCUGUAAAGUAGCUUUUCAACCACCUCGAAAGAAAAUUUUUAAUGAUACAAGUCUGAGAGAAGAUGUUGAGGUUAAUUCUUCUUUCAAAUUACAAUCUCCAGUGAGAGGAAGAACAUCCGAUACAUUUUUCAUUAGUGAUACACCUCCAAGAAAUGAAGAAGCAUCACCACAGGGCCUUGAUAAUAAAGUAGAUUCCUUUCUGGUCAUGAUGGGUCUUGAUAAAUCCAAUGGGGAUAUUGAUGAUGAUGGAAUUAAAUCAGUUGAUAAUGGAGAAAGGAGAAGUGACAAAUUUGAAUUUAGAUAUUGUCAAUUAGAUGCUGAGAAAAAUAUUAGCAAAAUAUCAACACCGUUAACAAGUCGGACUGCGGAUAAUUUACAAUUUACAUCCCCUUUGACAAUACCAAAUGGAACACAUGACAAAAACUUGAAUACCAAUACAUCUGACAUAAAACUAUCAAAUUUAAAUUUAAAUGGAGAUGUGGUUAAUUCAAAAAAUAUCGAAGAGUUAAAGGAUUUCAUUAAAUUAACAUUAGCCGAUGUUGCUGAUGAUAAUAGGAAUUAUUUCCUUCAUAUAAUGAUGGCUUUAACAAAACAGAAAUUAUUUUUAGAGAAGCAAUUAUUCGGAAUGAAUGAGCAGAUACAUAACUUAAUCCAAAAUCAGAAUAUGUUGGUGGAAACAAAUAGGAAACUUGUCUUACAAAUAGAGCAGUUAAAGUCACAGCAAAAUCUCUUUUAAAUAUCUAUUUACCAUAUCUAAUGACAU